AUGUCAAACAACAACAACAAUUCAGAAUGCAAGUGCUCUAAAUGCUCUUCCAAUAGCAUGGGAUUUGUUUUGGUGUCUACCCAAACACUCAGAAGACAUGCACAACAGGAUAUCGUGAGACAAUAUCAGUCAGGAUCUUCUUCCUCAGUUAUAGAAGUAAUGUCGAAUGACAAUGACAUGGAGAUUGACUUUGAAGACAAUGUUGAUGCCGAAGAUCAAGUUGAAGCCGAAGACUUACCUCUUUUUGGCAUUGAUUCCUUGUUUGAUUCUGAAAGCGAAGAUGAGGGUGUCAUUGAAGCAACCAUUUUGGAUAUUUCUGACGAUGAAUCUGAUGAUGUUAGAGAACACUUUUCUUCAUCCAAUAUGCCAGUCGAUCCUACUCAUGCUUUCAUUGCUUCUUUUGCUGCCUUCUUCAUAUCCAAAUAUGUUGUCAAUUCUGGUGGUGCUGUUCUGUUAAAGUUUCUUAACGAAGUAUUGGCACACUUUGGACAGUCUUUCCGUCUUCCCCUCAGUAUGAGUGGUGUCAACUCUAUGACCGGUCUCAGCGACGUGACUCGAGGUGUCCAGCGGUUUGUUGCAUGUGGCGAUUGUAACAAAGUAUAUGAAGAGUCCGAUGUUGUUCCAGAGUGCUGUAAUUUCGAGAGACUCUCUGAAUUGCAUGACCUGGUUUACUUUAACCUCGUGGAGUGCACUGUCAUCGAUCCGAUGCACAACCUGUACCUCGGAACAGCAAAGAGGAUAAUGGAGAAAUGGAGAUCUUCAGGUCUCAUCACAGAUGCACACUUGGCCGAAAUGCAGUUGGAUGCUGACAAGCUUGUACUGCCAGAGGACUACACGCCAUUAGGGACAAAGAUCGGGCGUGGCUUCCCAUUCAUGAAGGCCGACGAGUGGAAGUCUUGGUGCUUGGUGUACUCUCCUGUUCUCCUGCGUGAUCGUCUACCUGAAGCUCAUCUCGGUAACUGGACAACGUUUGUCAAUGCAUGCCAGUACCUCUCAAUGCCAAGCAUAUUCAUGGCUCACCUUGAUGAAGCCCAUCAAUCUUUGGAGGCUUUCUGCAGAGAGUGCAAGAAGUUGUAUAAAGCCCCAUUCCUUUCGCCAAACAUGCAUCUCCAUCUUCAUCUGCGAGAGACUGUACUGAACUUUGGCCCGGUUUAUGGCUAUUGGCUUUUUAGUUUCGAAAGAUGCAAUGGUAUCUUGAAAAACUAUGCGACAAAUAGAAAAGACGGGUUUGAGGGAACCUAUAUGAAGAAGUAUCUUGAAGAAGCAUACCAGGGAGAUCUUAUUCGCCAAACUUUGCCAAUAAUUCGACCUGAGCAUUCGGCGAUCAUCCUUGAGCUCACUGCAUCCACUGCCAAUUCCAUAACCACUUCCACUUCCACUGCCAAUUCCAUAACCACUUCCACUUCCACUGCCACCUCAAUCCAAUUCGAUAUCAAUGCUUUUCUUGAUUCUCCUGAGAUCAACUUUGAUAUCGUCAAGGGAAACGAGCCUUUGCCCCCUUCCGCACUUCCUUUAGCUCUAAAGGGGGAGAUUUCCAUGGAUGAAUCCGAGUAUGAGCAUUUGUUGGAAUACUAUCGCGAGACAUACGAUGAUCAAACUCUUGUUCAUUAUCGUCAGGCUGGUCAUUCCGAUAAUUUUGUUAACAAUCGGAUACAGAAGUUUGAAUCAAUCAAUCUUCUUGGGCAAAUCUACAAGAGCAAAACGAAGAAUCAGCGUGGGUCGUUCAUGCAAGCCUUGUUUGAGACAAGUGAUGGUAGAAGUACCAAGCCAUACGCGGGCCAAAUUCAGUACCUCUUUGUCAAUACUGCUGUAAACUCGUUUGCUGGUCAUGCGAGCCAGCAUGUAUUUGCAUAUGUACAAUGGUACAAGGAAGUUUUACUUCAGCCCAGAGCAGGAGAAGGAGUUGAGGUGAAUGAGGUGGGGUUCGAAGAUGACAGCAUGAACAGCAUUCUCCCAGUGCAUAGAAUCUGCUAUCCAGUUGCAGUAGGCGAGCACCUUGGUCUAGAAGGCGAAGUUCAGAUGUGUGUAGUUCCUUUGCCACGAAAAAUAUAUAUUUAG